AUGAACUGGAGAAGAGUAAUAUAUGUGAUUUUACUGGGGAGCCUUCCCAUAGUCAAAGCCCUGCCUGGAAGUUAUGGGGACAUAGAGGGAAAAACCAGCAUUGGCCAACGCUUUUUACAGCUGCAGAAGAAUAAUUUUAAAGCCAUGGCCCUGGUCAUGUUUGCUCAGUAUGUGCAAGGAGGCACAUUUGGCAGAGCAGUUAAAAUGGCUGAGGAUGUCACAGACCUCGCCAAAAGGUGUGCUGCUGCUGCAGCCAGGGACCACCCAGACUGCCUGAAGCCCUUGGACAAGAUCUUCCUUGAUACAAUAUGCCAGGAGGAAAAUCUUCCCGAGUUUACUGACUGCUGUGCUAAAAAGGAUCCUCAAAGAAAUGACUGCUUCCUCACUCUUAAAAAUUCAUCAAGAGGGUUCAUUUCUCCUUUUGAAAGGCCAAAUGUAGAAGCUGCCUGUAAAAAUCAUUCACAGAAUCAACAUCUGUUAACAGAACAUUUUAUUUAUGAGGUGGCCAGAAGGCAUCCUUUCCUCUAUGCCCCCACCAUCCUUUCUGUUGCUAUCCGGUAUGAUGAGAUGAUGAAAAACUGUUGCAGAAGCUCUGAAGACAUCACCUAUGACCCGGAGGAAUGCUUUCAGAGACAGGCACCAAAGGUGGUGAAGCCAAUAAAAGAAGAUAGCCUAAGGCAAGAACACACAUGUGGAAUCUUGCACAAGUUUGGAGAAAGGACCUUGAAGGCUCUGAAACUUGCUCAGAUAAGCCAAAAAUUCCCUAAAGCUGAUUUUGCAACUGUUAGCAAACUUGUGAUGGAUGUUGCUAACAUGCACAAGGACUGCUGCCGCGGAGACAUGCUGGACUGCAUGCAUGACAGGGAAGAGCUUCUGCACUAUGUCUGCACUAACCAAGACAUCCUAUCAAGCAAAAUAAAGCAGUGCUGUGAAAAGCCUCUGUUACAAAGAAGUGAAUGCAUAGUUAAUACAGAAAACAAUGACAAACCUGCAGACCUGUCCCCCCACCUCAGGGAGUUUAUAGAGGACAAGGAAAUAUGUGAUCGUUUUGCCCAGGAAAAGGACACACACUUAGCCAGGUUUCUGUACGAAUAUUCCAGGAGACACCCUGAGUUUUCUGCCCAAAUGCUUUUAAGAAUUGGUAAAGGAUAUGAGGACCUACUGCACAAGUGCUGCAAGCCCGGAGCUCCAGAGGACUGCUGCAGCAGAGGGGAGGAGGAACUGAAGAAACAUAUUUAUGAAACUGAAAGUGUGAUGAAGACAAGCUGUGACAUUUACAGGGAGAAAGGAGAUUACUAUUUCCAAAAUGAGCUCCUCAUGAGCUUCACCAAGAAGAUGCCUCAACUGACAUCUGCAGAGCUGAUUAAAUUCAUCAAGCAGAUGACUACAAUCGGCUCCAAAUGCUGCCAGUUAAGCCCGGACAAGCUGCUGCCUUGUGCUGAGGAAAAUCUGGAUCUUGUGCUUGGAGAAAUAUGCAGAAGACACCUGAGAGACCCUAUAAACCCAGGCGUGUGCCACUGCUGCAGCAACUCGUAUGCCCUCAGGAGACCGUGCAUAGGGAAACUGGAAAUGGAUGAGCAUUAUGUGCCCUUAUCACUGACUCCAGGGCUGUUCACUUUCCAUGAAGAUUUGUGUACAACUGAGGAGGAGAAGUUACAGCACAAGAAGCAAGAAAUGCUCAUCAACCUCAUCAAAUACAAGCCCCAGAUCACACAGGAGCAGCUAUCAGCCAUCACAGCUGCCUUCACCACCAUGAGAGAGCAGUGCUGCGGAGGAGGCAACCCCCAGGCCUGCUUUGCCAAAGAGGGUCCAGAACUUAUAAAGAGGAGUGAAAAAAUGUUGUCAGCAUGA